GGAUGCAUUCUUCAUGGGAGCAGACAUGGAGAUAGAGUCUCUCCAAGACGAUACAGAAAACAGACAGAUUCUCCUGGUGAGGUGAUUCAUUUGGACUUUUCCCCCUUUGGUUUGCCAUGUUUUUUGGCAGGAAGCAGUGAUGGUUCCAUAUGCUUGUACGGCCUGACUCAAGAAGCACCAUUAUUCACUUGGAAUAAUUCCACCAGCAACAUGCCCAUUGUGUCCAUGAUGUGGUCACGCAGUCGGCCUUCUGUUUUCUAUGUAGCUGAUGUGACAUCCAAAGUGUAUGUGUGGGAGCUGUUGACUAGUCAGGAAGGGCCAGUGGACAUUGAACACUUUACAGAUGGCAGGCUAAUGACAAUGCAUUUGUCACAUGAUCACACAACGUCACGCAGUGGAUUGCAAGGGAGACCACCAGAAAUGGUAGUAACGGAUGACAAUGGUGCUGUUGAUGUGCACAUUAUUAAUAAGCGCUUCACAGUCUGCAGCAUCGAUGAGAUCCAGCAAAUGACAGAGUUAUUAAACAAAUAGAUUGGCUUCUACAUGUAUGUUCAGUUGACCAGCUGCACAUCACAGUGAAGUUUUGCGAAGUCAAACAAAUGGCUUGUUUAAUUUAAAUUUGUAAAAUGUUAUUUUUAAAACGUUCCGACAAAGUUUAUAGUUGAUAGAGAAUAAAAGAUAUUUUUUCAACAUAAAGAGCCAGCAGCCGAUUUCACAGAACAUUACGUAAUGGCGCAACUCCACUUGCGCCACAUUUCACACUGAUGCGCAGCAUUUCAUGCUGCGCAACAUUUCACUCAUGACACAUUUCCUAAAGUCCUCGACUUGUAGGGUAGCGACUGCAAAUGACCUAUUUUACCAGCAAAUCGUGAUCGUCGUGAAGCCCGUUAUCGUUUGAAGUAAAAGAAUUUUUAUUUUACCAGUGACAAUAAUAUUUUGAGUUGCUGCACGAUUCUGAAGAAAGUUUUUUUUUUCCUAGGAGAGUGGGGCCAAGUCAUGCAUAAUUCAGUUUUUCAUUUGAAUCAUUGUAAGGAAACUUAGGUUCUCAUUCUCUCUUUUCCCUUCAAUUAAAAUUUCCUAAACGAUAAAUUUAGAUCAGAAAAAUAGUCACAUUGAAAAUGAGCAGUGACAACAUGGAUUCAAACCAGGGAUCUUUGUAUCCAUAGCUCAUCUCGCUAUCCACUAGGGUACUAGGUUACAUUAUACAACACCUGAAUAAAUCCCCGUCAUCUGAUUGGUGAAUUGUAGAU